GCAAACCAUUUAUUGAGCUUCAAGUUUUACGUCUAGUCGAGAAGCUCAGUUCUUCAAAUCCUCUAACCUUUUUUAAGGUUUCAAGGACAGAAAAUGAACAGGGAAGGAGAUUGGAUGUGUGCUGCAUGCCAGCACCUAAAUUUCAAGAAACGGGAUGCAUGCCAACGAUGCAGCUGUCCUAAAUAUGCAACAUCGGCUGACGUUGCUAUGUAUGGACUAAACAAAACAGAUGUUCUUGCUGGAGACUGGUAUUGCAGUGCUAUGAACUGUGGUUCUCACAACUAUGCAAGCAGAACAAGCUGCUAUCGAUGUGGUUCCGUAAAAAGUGAUUAUUAUGGUAUUGGGGCAGGAAUGAUGGCACCAGAUGGUUAUGGAUACGAUUCAAGUGUUCUUCCUGGUUGGAAGAGUGGUGAUUGGAUUUGCAGCAGAAUAGGAUGUGGUAUGCAUAACUAUGCCAGUAGAGAUGAAUGCUAUAAGUGCAAGACACCUAGGAAUUUGAGUGAGCCAUCUGCCAUAUGAUUCUGGAGGUGACCUGAGAGAAAGUAAGUUAUAUUAAAGGACGCGGCAACAUUAAGUUUUUCUUGAAGUUUUACCUUUAGAUUAAUUUCUCAAAGAAGGGUUAAUUCCUAGCUAACAUUGUAAUUGUGGUACUGUGCAAGUGUUCUAAUGAAUGAAAUGC